AUGGACAAGACAAAGUUACGGAUUAUCAACUUUGUAAGUUUGUUAUUAAAUUCGCUUUUAUUGAUUAACAUGCCAGAAAUUACCCGAAAAUGAUCAGGAAAAACUAAAUUUUAAUGUUUUCAGCUUAAAGUUGAUUUACAAAUUAUAUUGGAUGAAAAUGAGCACGAAUUCUUUCUUCAAGAGCAGAAAAUCAAGCAGCUUUAUAAGGAUCAAUCAGGACAAGACCUCAUGGUGAGUUAUUUCCUAGUUAUUUCUUGAAGUUUAGGUGUUAAAACAACGAGAAUAACGUGUUUUAUAUUGUGAAUGAAUUUUGUUUUUUGAAGUUACAUAAUUUGGGGCAAAGCAAGGCAAAAUUGAUGUUAUAGUAGAGGUCUAUUGGGAUAAUAAGAGGUUUUGUGUAUUUAACCUUAAAUUUGGCAAAACAUUUUUUUGUUUUUGCUUUCUCAAGAUGAGUAAGAGACUGAAGAACGCUAAAAAGGAUGUUUUUGAUGUAUUUUUUUACAGGCUUUUGUUUUGUGUUCAAACUUAGAUUUUUCUUUUAAAAAUUAUUUAUAAUUUUUAGGAGCAAUUGGCACUUGUCAACCCAGAACUAACUCUCAGAAAGGUGAUCGAUGAUUUGCGUCCAAACAUGUAUUCAUAUGUUAUGGAUCCAGAGAUGCCCGGAUUCAUAAAACGCGAAACUUUGGGUGGACGUCAGAUUGCUGGUGCAGCGAAUGGGAAAUCAAUGCCCAGCAAUGGCGCACCGGCUCCAAUUGGUACUCCAUUGGCUAACGGGCAACAUGCAGAUUCGGCACCGAUUGUUCAGCCGCCACCAGGCUUCAAUUCCGUGGUCGGGUCGGAAAGAAGUUCUAGAGCCUCUUCUUUGGCUGCUAACAACUAUAAUGGAGGACGAGUGAAUGGAAACUAUGCUGCAAAUGGUUCUCCGGCUAUGGGAAAUUUAAAUGGCUAUGAGUAGGUUUAGUUUUUAUGGUUUAACCUUGAUUGAACUUUAAAAAACUUGAUUUUUUGCCGAAAAUUUUAACCUUUUUUGAAUUUUUUGGCAUAACUUUUGAGAUAAUGUAGCUAAAUGAUUGAAGUUUGAGGAAAGUGUUGCCCAUUCUAUGGCAGAUAAAAUUGCUUUCGAAAAUUUUUGAAAUUUCAAAUUUUACUUGAGUUACAGUAACUCUUCUGUAACCUUAUUUUUUAAAAUUUUUUCUUUGUUUUUUUUAAGAAAUUUGUUAAAAUUAGUGUUAUAAAUUGGAAAAAUGUUGUUUAGUAACUAGUUCGUUAAUACUUUAAUGUUUAUCUUUACUUUAGAAGUCAACGCGGCGAGUCUCCUUUUGUUACCCAUCCACCUGCAAGCUACAACAAUUUGGAUGGAGAUGUAUGUCUUAAGAUUUUAUUUUUAUUCUAUUUAAAACAUUUUAAUAGGUUUAUGUUGAUUAUUUCUAACUUUAGUCUUAUUCGGGAACUUAAAAUUUUCGAAAAGUAAAGUUUUUAAAAAUUUCAUAUGAUUUUGUUCAAAUAAUUUUGAGCCUCUUUCAAAACAAAUUUUUGAGGAUUAGGGGGCGCAGAAUUAUUCGAACAACCUACUAUUUUUUCUGAGGUUCAGUUAAGUAGCUCAACAUUUUUUAUACAACUUAAUACUGUUAUAAUGACAUUAUUGUAGGUAUCAGAUGCCGAACUCAAGAGAACUGCAGAGAACUUCUUGGACCAAGUCAAGACUAUGGGUUAUGAAGUAAGUUCGAUUUUAAAUUGCACUUUUAUAUUAUUAUAUGUUUUUUUUGCAUUUUGAAGAGAAUUUUUGGGGGAGGGGAGGUUUUUUGGCACAUUUGGUGAGAAUUUUAGGUAAUAUAGCAAAGGAAAAUCAUUAUAAAGAGCAGAAAUGGCAAGAACUUUCUUUACAAGUUUUUAAUUUAUGGGUAUAAAGUGUUUUUGAAGGUAUAAAAGGUCAGGAAAAGGUGUAACGAGGUAUUAAAAAGUGUAAAAGGCAGAUGAAAGGUUAGGUCGCAAGAACUUUCUUUACAGAGGGAAAAACUACUAGAAAGCUGUUUGCUUAUGCUAUAAAGUCGCAGUUGUUUUUUUACAGAGUUUAAAAUGGCAAAAACUUUCUUUACAAUAGCAAAAGUGGCAUUCAUCAUAUAACUUGUCACUCGCAGGCUGCAUAACAUAAAAUAAGGUUAUUUUGGGUAGAAUUGGCUAGAACUUUCUUUACAGAGCUUGAAAUGACAAAAACUUUCGUUACAAAUCAAAAAAUGGCAAGAACUUUCUUUACAAACCAAAAAAUCGCAAGAACUUUCUAUACAAACUAAAAAUGUCACGAAAAUCUGAAAGUAUGUUGUAGUAGGACAAGAAUGUCUUCCAUUAGUUAUAAGGGGCUUAUAUUAAUGUAAAUCAAAGACAAAAGGCGAUAUUUAUAUAGAAAUAUAAUUCAAAAUUAAUAUUUUUGUACAUAAAAGACCGGGACCACUAACUAUGAGGCGUAUUUUAGGACUUUUUCGACGCACAAACUAUGAUGGGCCGCUUCCACCACGUUUUAGUUUCGAUGGCGCAAACCGAAAGGUCCAGAGUUUGAAUAUAAUAUAAUAAUUGUCAUACGAUCUCGUUACAGCCCGUUAGACAUUGAUUAAAGUUCUGAUGCUAGUUUCUCGGCUUUGGUAUUGUUAAAAAUGUGUUAAAGGUUAACUUGGGCUAAUGAUAAACUAAGUAUCUAAAUGAUAAUGUAAAAGUUUGGCUGAGUGAUUAAAAAUGCUCUGGGCAUGGGCGGUUAAAAAUACUCUGGGCAUGGGCGGUUAAAGAUUAUUUUGUUGUAUAAAAAUUGGAAAGAAAGUUCUUGCUGUUUUUUGUUUCAUAUAUUUUUUUAAAGUUUCUGACUUGUAAAGAAAGUUUUUGUUAUUUUUUGAAGUUUUGAAAAAAAUCUUUAUUUUUUCAUAGUUUGUAAAGAAAAUUCUUGCCAUUUUCUGAUUUGUAAAGAAAGUUAUUGCUAUUUUUGAAAAGUGAGUGUAAAUAUUCGUCUUGCAGGUUGCAAAUGGUGACAAUUUAUACGUUGAAGGUUUUUUUAUUUCGAAGAAAGUUGUUGCUCUUUUAUGUUUUGUAAAGAAAGUUUUUGCCAUUUUUUAAUAUGUAAAGGAAGUUCUUGCCAGUUUCUGAUUUGUAAAGAAAGUUCCUGUCAUUUUUGUUUUGUAAAGAAAGUUCCUGUCAUUUCUUGUAAAGAAAGUAUUCUCGCUUUUAGGAGCUUCCAUGCGUGGAAGAGCCUCCAGACUGCCUGGUCGAGGACAUGAGAAUGACCGGCCAACUUCCAUUCCCCAAACCAGAUGAAGUGCCAGAAUUCGACUACAACUCUGAUCGUCAGCCCCAUUCCGAAUUCGACUCUCAAUUCGAAGCCGAAUUUGAAUUUCAGAAGCCCAAAAAGAAGAAUCCAUGGGAGUCGGUCGUACCCAGCGAGUAUCGUUCACAACGGCACGACUCAUCGUACUCACAGCAAAGCGAAGCAUAUAAUGCACAGAAGAACGGCACGUUGUAUUUACAGCAAGACAGGACGUCGUAUUCACAGCACAACGCCACAUCGUACUCACAGCAGAACGCCACAUCGUACUCUCGUCUCAAUCAACCUCGAGACCUGGAUGAAACCUUCAAAAGCUACACCGUGGAGGAGCAAGAAGCCGUGAAUGAAGCUAACAGAGGCUUUGACGAAGCCUUGGCUUCAUUAAAAAUUGAUCACGCCAGCCUGUUCUACUCCAACCGCCAUCAUUCGGUGAAGAACAGUGCUGAAGUGAAUGCGUACCGAAGUCAGAAGUUGAUUCCUUUCAAGAAACGGACAACGUAAGUUAAAUGGGAGUGGGUUUAGGGGAGAUUUGAAGAAUUGUUGGAGGGCGGGAUAAAAAAUAAAUUUUUGUGGACGGGGUGGAAGAAAGUUUGGUGGGCGGGGUAGAGAAAAAUGUUUUCGGAAAGAGGGGUAGGGAGGACGAAAGGUAGGGUAGAUGAGGAAAACAUGGUUUUCAAAUUAAAAAAAAUUUUUGGAGGGCGAGGUGGAAAAAAAUUUGAAGGGCGGGGUAAAAAAAUUUUUGAGGGCGGGGUGUAAAAAAAAAGUUUUGAGGGCGGGGUUUAAAACAGGAGUUGGGGAGGACGCGAUAGGUAGAGUAGAUGUGGAAAAUAUAAAUACUUUUACCUAGCCAUGCCCUACCUUAUACAUCUAUACUUCUACUUCAGUCUUACCUUAUCUUUGCCUUACCUUUACUGUGGCCCCGCCCUACCUUACUCUAUUUGAUCUUUACUGAAAACUUACCUACCUUAACCCUAGUCAUAUCCUGCCUUACUCUACCCUAUCCUAUCCUAUUCUACCUUGCCAUACCCUACCCUACCAUACUCUAUUUUUUUAACUUUUACUCCAGCCAUGCCCUAUACAUAAACUAUCUUGUUCUAGCCUCACUUCACUGUACUCUACUUUGCUUUACCCUAUCCUACCCUAUUAAGCUCUAUUGUACCCUACCUUAUCUUACCCUAUUCUAUCUUGCUCUAUUCUACAUUAUCGUACUAAACAAUGCUUUUUUCAGUCGAUUGUACGAAACUCCAACAAACUCAACACUUCUCAAGUACCUGAACACCAAAGACUACCACGCCACCAUCAUCAACCUGAUCCAAUUCUUGCACCACGUCUACCCGAACGGCUGUGACCUGAACGAGUUGAGAGGCUUCGAGCGACAACUUCAGAAGCGUGGCUCUCCAUUCAAGUUGGGCGUCCAAACCACCAUCUCAUCUCUGGCCGAAUGCGUGCGCCGAGGUCUGAUCACGGCCGAAAAACGCCCGAACGGCACGAUCUAUCGUGCCCUACAAGCCGUCGUUGAUGUGGAAUUGUGGAGCCUGCCUCCGGGUCUUCCAUCGAAUUUGUUCCGGGUUCUAUCGUCGUUCGGAGAACAACAGUUGAGCUUGUUGAUGGACAGAACUGACAUUUGUUUGGAUGACAAGUCGGACUUUCUGGAUGAACAGGUCAAUGCGUAUGUUUUUAUAUUGAGUUUAUAGUUUUGAGGUUAGAAAGUGGUUGAUUUAGGUAUUUUAUACAUUGUAAUAGGCUUGUAUAAUAUGUCGUAUAUCAUGGUAGGUUAAUAUGAAGUAUAAGUUAAGUGCUAUAAGCAGUUGUUAUAGCCAGUAUAAUGUUUGAUAUUGACGUUGUAUCAUUUCAGAGCCGAUUUCAUUCGAAUUGCCAACAAUUUCCCACUGAUUUUCAAAUUGAAUUCGCAUGACAAACAAGUUUGUAAGUUAAUAUCAAGUGCCGACAUAAAUAACCCGCCAUAUUUUUUCUUGUAAUGUUUUGUAAAAAAUGGCGGGUUCUUUAUGUCGGCGUCAAUAUUUUAUUAAGGCAUGGGGUUUUGAAAGUUUUUAGGUAUAUAAAGCGGUUAUUAGGGAUGUACUUGCCCUGAGGGUAUGAAAUUUUAUCUUUACAUUUAUGUUCUACGUUUGCUGUACCAUUAUCUUUACUAUUUCUCUUAUUCCUACUCUUACCCCUACCCUUACUCUUAACCUUAUUUUUACCCUUACCUUUUCCCGUACUCUUACCCCUACCCCUACUUAUCCCUUAUUCCUUAUCCCUUACCCUUACUCUUAUCUUUACUCCUAUCCUCAGUCGUUACCCAUACUCUAGCCAUACCCUUGCCUUGCCAUAUUGAUCUAUACUUUGCCCAGCCCUUUACCUAUUAUAUCAUGUCAUAAUGUAAUCAUACUAUGUUUUUCUAUAAUGCAUUUUUACUUAACUAUACUGUGUUCUACGAUAACUCUUUUUUGCUUCGCCCUAUAGUGAGGUUAUGUCUACUCUACCCUACCGUAUGCUUAUCACUAAACUUUACCUUACAGUUAUAUAAUUUUUGAUGUUCCAGACAGUCAAGACGUGCUCACAUCGAUCCAAAUUGAGAAGUCGUGCCCACGAUGGAAGGUCCUCCUGGACUGUCCCAACAUUAACUUUGACCAUUUCUACUGCGACUGUAGAGACUGCAGCACCAUCGGAGUGCAGGUCACUUACGAGUACACCUAA